UUGUUCGAGCGGCCGAUAUUUCAGAGAUCUUUCCUGCUGUCUAUCCGUGGACCCCAGAGUCAGGCAUGUGGGAUUGUAUUAGUGAUUUUGGAAUCAUUGCUGACAUGUCUGACAUUCAAGAAGCUACUAACCAGCUCCUGGAUGUGAACGUUUAUGACAACCAGAGAUCUAUACCAGUGACAGAAAGUGACAUCAGAAGUGAACCCAAGAAUCUCCAUGUCACUAUUGGAGCCACUGUACCUACUGGCUUUGAGCAGACAGCUGCCGAUGAAGUGAGAGAGAAAUUGAGGUCACCGUGCAAAAUCAGCAAAGACCGGGGCAAGAUAUACUUUGACAUUCCAGUGGAAAGUCUGGCUCAGGUUCAUUGUCUGAGAUCAGUUGAUAAUUUAUUUGUGGUGGUUCAGGAGUUUCAAGAUUACCAGUUCAAAAAUACAAAGGAAGAAGUUCUAAAGGAUUUUGAAGACUUGGCUGGAAAGCUCCCAUGGUCAGAUCCUUUAAAAGUAUGGAAAAUUAACACCAGUUUCAAGAAAAAAAAAACAAAGCGCAAGAAGAUAAAUCAGAAUUCCAGUAAAGGGAAGAUUGAUAAUGGACAAGGAGACAAGUUAGAUGAGAGAGAUGAUAAAGAAUUCAUCAAUGAUGAUUUAGAUUCACAUAUCUUAGACUAUUACGAAAAUCCAGCCAUCAAAGAAGAGGUAUCAACAUUAGUAGGUGAUGACUUGGCAUCUUGCAAAGAUGAGAUCAGUGAGGACUCAAAAGAAGAAACUGAACUUCAAGCACUAAAGUUUAGAGUCACAUGCAACAGGGCAGGAGAGAAACAUUGCUUUACCUCAAAUGAGGCUGCAAGAGAUUUUGGGGGUGCUGUUCAAGAUUAUUUUAAGUGGAAGGCUGAUAUGACUAACUUUGAUGUGGAGGUUCUCUUGAAUAUCCAUGAUAAUGAAAAUGUGGGAAUUGCACUGACUGAGGAGAGUCUCCACCGAAGAAAUAUCACAUUUGGACCUACAACUCUUAGAUCUACUCUUGCCUAUGGGAUGCUCAGGCUUUGUGCACCUCAACCUACUGAUAUAAUAAUUGAUCCAAUGUGUGGAACAGGGGCAAUACCAAUAGAGGGGGCAAUGGAAUGGGCUGACUGUUAUCAUAUUGCUGGUGAUAAUAAUCCCCUGGCUGUGAAAAGAGCAGCAAAUAACAUCUCAUCUUUACUCACCAAGAGCCAGAUUAAAGAUGGCAAACCAUCCUGGGUGCCCAUUGAUGCUGUACAGUGGGAUAUCUGCAAUCUCCCAUUGAGAACUGGUUCUGUGGACAUUAUUGUAACAGAUAUGCCAUUUGGGAAAAGGAUGGGCUCCAAGAAAAGAAACUGGAAUCUUUAUCCAGCUUGCCUGCGAGAGAUGAGCCGUGUCUGUAGACCUGGGACAGGCCGAGCUGUUCUACUUACUCAGGACAAGAAAUGCUUUACCAAGGCAUUAUCUGGAAUGGGACAUGUAUGGCGAAAAGUGCAUACUGUCUGGGUGAACAUAGGGGGUCUUCAUGCUGCAGUUUAUCUUCUGAAACGUACACCCCAAGCUUUUGUUCAUCCUCUGGAACAAGAUGGAGAGAGAGGAACUCCUUGGUAAUGCAUAGGAUGAAGAUAAUAAACAGUAUUUUACUUUUCAACACUGGGAAUGUCAGCAUGAAGAACUUGAGAGAGAAAUAGUAUUAACAAAAAUACAGUCUACUAUUUAAACAAGUCCAAAGCUCUUCUUCUUGGUUAGCAAGAUACAAAGUAAUGUCAUAUAAUUUUAAAAGUUUUGAGAAAACAUUUCCUUGCGGCUAUUUUGAAAAGAGUAGCUGGCCAAUUAGUAUUUUUCUUACAGUGCUUUAAAGAUGACUAGGGAAAAGCCUACUAAAGUACGCCAGGAUCUAGGUUUUAGAAUGUUUUAAUUUCAUUGUUUUCAUUGUAUCGAUAUCUUAGGCUACAUCUUACUACCUGUGCAGCUUUGCUAUUCAAUAGCUCAGUUCUCUUUACCUCAACCUCAGAAAAACAAAGCAUUGUUAUAUUUUGUGAAGAGUGUUUGCCCAAUGACAAGAUGGAAUUACACCUAUUAGGAAUAUUUACCAUCUGCCUUAAUUAAAAUAUGCAUGUUAUACAGAUUAACAUAUAGAACUAAAACAGGGGUGAAUUUAUGAAAGGGAUUGCAAGGAUACUUCAUAACGUUUUUUAACAGCACCAGAAACAUUGAUGGCUGAAGUAUGAGACCUACAAGAUAAAUCAAAAGAAAUUUUUUAUUUCAUUCUACAAGUCUGUUGUUUUUCAAGGCAACCAUAAACAUAUCUUGAGUACUUUAUUAAAAGAGAAAAAAAUUGAUCUAUCUUCUAAUGAAACUUAAUUUGGGGGCCAUCUAAUUGUUAUUUCCUCAUGGAUCAUUUUUCACAUUUAGUUGCUUUUCCACUUGUAGGAAGUUCUUCCCAAGUUUUGUGGAAAGUGAAGGUCAGUAGUCAAUCCUAGUAAAAUGAUGCUUCCCUGGGAUAAAAAGUAAUUGAGGUUUUAUGUGGAAUUCUUUUAGUGUCCAGUUUAUUUUUAAGUAUCUGGCUGCAUUCAGCUUAUGUUUUCAGGGUCAUUUUAGUAAUGUGAUAAUACUACUCCCUUUUGAUGUCUCCAUUUAGAAUAAAAGGACAAGUAUUCUUUGAAAGAACAGAGUUCACACUGGCAGUGUAGCCAACAAUCCUAGUCUGUUUAUUCUUGAAUUGGAAGACAUUUAUAUUAUAAAAAAGUUGUAUCCCAUACUGGCAUUUUACCAUUAUCAAGAAUUCACAGCUGCAUUACAAAAGGGUUGAACAUUAACAACUUUUCACCUGUGACAAACCAUUUAAAUUUCAAACUAAACUGGCCAGCAGUCCAUAGAACCAGAAAGUACAAGGAAAAUGUCUGUUUUCAUCACUGUUUACCAAGUUCCUGCCAGAGUGGGCAUUUAAUAUUUGCUGAACAAAUAUUUUUGCAUAUUGGCAUAGUUUAGACACAUCAGUUGCAUGCUUGAUUCAUCAUAGCUUUAAUUCUGUUAAAUACUGCAGUAAAGACAUGACCAGGCUUUUUUAAGAUGGUGCAAACAUGUAGGCAAUGGUAUGCCACCUUCUUCCCCAGUAUGUUUUGUUAUAUGGUGAUCAGAAUAAGGAAUGGACUGAGCAGGAUUCAGAAAGCCUGGAAUUGAUGACAUUGCCACCCACCCACUAGUUGUAUGAUCACCUUGGUUUUUAAUAUUGUUUAAAGAAAAAAAUAGAAGACCAUGGGAAUGUGAAGAGAUGGGGAAGGAAACCUAUAAUAACCUAAAGAUGAAGUGACUGAGUCAUACAAUAGAUAUUCCAUUAUUGGGAAUGCCAGUAUUAUUUGAGGGGAAAAAACAAUGCAAAUAUUGAGGAAGACUUUACAAAUCUAGACAAUGGUUAUCUCUGAAGACUUGAUAGUGUACUAGAGUGGUUAAAAAGGGAACAACCACUUAACAAGACUCUUCAGCAAACUGCCAAAACUAUAGGCCCUACCCUGUGAAUGUCAGAUACAGGCUCAGGUCUCCACCACAGGGAUCUAAAGAUAAACUCAAGACAGAACUAGGGAAAUAUUAUGAAAGGUUUAUUAAGUACCAAAAGUAUAAUAAACCCGUGAAUUCUUCGUAAUAUGCAUUAGUGAGAGGUAUAAAAAAGGGAAAAUUAUUUGUCCAUUCUCAGCAUAGCCUUUUCCAAGUUCAAGUGAGGUGUCACUGCAUGAAGUUCAGUGGGUAUAUGGUGAAAGUGACAACUGAGAGAAAAAAGUAUAUUUAAUUAUUGCACCUUGGUACAUUAAAAAAAACAAGUCCAGAAGAAACACCAAGAACAUAUCUGUAUACCAAAUUUUUAAAAUGUGCAAUGUGAAAAAAUGUCAGAUGCUUCGUAACAGGCCUACCAUGUCAUCCCUAAACCCUUUUGUCCCAGGGUUAAUGUGUUUGCUAAUCAGUUGUGAAGUUAUUCAAUGACAGAUGUAUAGAAGAACCAUUUUUUACUCAGGAGAAUGGUGCUUAGUUUUUCUCAAGCAAGCCCUAAAUUGUUAAUUUGUAAUUGCUAUUAGUCUUGUAUAUACCACCUUAAACAACACUGUUCUCCACAGAAACCUGCUCCCUGUCCUAGCAUGCCCAUUACCAAUCAUCUAUGCAUUUGUUCACUAUGUGUACUAUAUGCUAGAACAGCCAUUUCUCAAUCUGUGUGGUCUCAGGCAGGAUCCUUCCACUUUGUUAAAAAUUGAGGGACUCAGCAGCUUUUAUUUAUCAAUAUUUUACCAUUAGAAAUUUAAACAAAAACUUUAUAAUAUUACAGCAUUGAGAUUUUCAAAGCAAUGACUUUUCAAAAUAAUUAUACGAGUGGCAUUGUUUUACAUUUUUUGUAACUAAGUUUCUAACAAGUAUGGCUUAAUGGAAAGCCUCUGGAUUUUAUCUUCUGCAUUCACUUUGUUGAGACAUUUAUCUUGCAGUUUUGUUACUUUUGUAUUGGUUAGCUGGAAAGUACAGGCUGAAUUAUGGAAACUCCAAGAAGUUGGCCCAUUUCAUUAUACAGUAUCUCAUGUCUCCACUAUCAGCAUAUAAAAGCCAAGCUGUCAUGCUGAGAGUAGAGACAAGUUUUCUCUUCAAAGUUUGAAUGUAAUUGCUGUCAGUUGUUUCUUGAACAGGCUCACUUCUUCCUAUUUGAGAAAGUAUCUCCCCAAUAGCAAACUACAAAUAAAAUAACACUUGUCAUUCUUUCAAAUAAAAAUGGUGCUCCAAGAAAAACAAAUUGAGCUUGCAACACUAUUGCAUGAGUGGUUUUUCUAAAGAGAACCACUAUUCCAAAGUACUGUAUGCCAGCUUUCCAUUUCCUCAUUCAUACUGACAAAUUAUGCUGGUUGUGGUUGUGCACACCUAUAAUCCCAGCUAUUUGGGCAGCCAAGGUAAGAAGAUCCAAGGCCAGCCUGUGCAACUUGUUAGACCCAGUACUAAAAUAAGAAUCUUAAAAAAGGGCUCUUUUAACAAUUUUAUUGUUUUUGUGUGAAAACUGCCUUUUGGGGAGAGAGGAUACUGGGGUUUGACACAGGGUGGUCUCUACCCCAGAGCUACAUCUCCAGUCCUUUUAUUUUUGAGAACAGGGUCUGAUACUAAGUUGCCCAAACUGGCCUCAAACUUGCAAUUCUUCCAUCUCAGUCUCCCAAAUUCCUGGGAUUACAGGCUAUGCCACCAUGCCUGCAGAAACUGGCUUUUUAAUCCUUUUGGUUUAGAGAUGCACGGCAGUGAAGAACUACUACCAAAGUUUUAUGCAGUUGCUUUAAUUUGUGCUAAGGUGCCCACAGUUUUACUCACUGUUGCCUUCCCACCAUAUAGUGCAAAUGUCAACAGAUAGUUGUUCAGGAUAAAGCAGAAGAUUAAAAAAUCAUUCCACACUUGAACUGUUUUAGGACAGUGUUUAUUACCCCAUUUCCACAUAAAGUUUAUCUUUGAUUAGCUGAUGUCCAGCAAAUACAAGUAAAUAACAAGUUGAGCCACAUUUGUAAAUCCAUCCAUCAUAAAGUUAAGUACACUUCCACGAGAGAUUUAGAAUUCACAUCUGCACACAAAUCUUUUAAUAUGACGAGCUGCUGUAAUGUACAAAAGAGGAACUACUAUAAUUAUUUCUUGCUUAUAAUCUAGCAGAUAAUUAGCAAUUUGUACUAUGUGGCUUAAGUUUCUCAGCUAUUAUGUAUGUUUUUCCAGCCAAUAUAAUGCAGUAAUUUACAUCAGCUUUUUCACUUCUGGUUUGAAACCUCUUAAUGAUUUUUGUUUUCUUUUAGGGAGUAUCAUGUGUCAACAUUUAAAAUAUUCAAUACCUUUCAAAAAAACAAGAACAAAAAACCCCUACAAUACUUUGAAUUAGUUUCAAAAUGACUCCACAGCAUAGCUGGCACCAACACUACAAGUUAUUCUAUUUCAUAAGACAUGCUACAUUAAAUUAUCUCUAAAGCCAACAAAAGGCAACUUUCAUAUUUUUAUUUCAUGUAGUUUCUUUGGUCAUUUCCUCUCCCCUACAAGUUAAUUUAUAUAGUAUUUUAAGCUAAUGAGCCAUUCUUUCAGUACAAUUUAUUUUAAAGUUACUAAAUUCUAAAAUUUGGAAGUUUGGAGAAAAUAUUUAAAACAUGCAAAAACAAGAUGUAUACCAAAUUUUAAAAUGUGCACAAUGUGCAAAGAUGCCAGGAUUUUGUAUGACACAAAUAAAACGACACAACUGCAUGACACUGAGGUUGCAUAUUAUAGAACAUAUAACCUAAAAAUUUCUUUAAAAAUAAAAUUCAUACCUAAACCUACCUGCUACCUUAGAAAAUUCAUAUACAAACAGCAUCAUUCAUUAUCAGUGACAAUGUCAUCACACAUCAUGUAGCAACUGCAUAAUUUCAAGAAUGAGGGAGCAAUUUACAAACACUGGUAUUAUGAAAAGAAUUUUGACCUCGUGGACCUCCCUUCGCUUAGGCAACAGGGACACAGCCAUAAAUAAGCACUGUUUUGUCAUCAAGAAGCAACCUAAAGAAGGGGGGACGACAAGUUACUCUCUUAAUUAAAAUUGUAAGAAGAGCUUUGAUAACAUUCAGAGGUGAAGGCCAAAUCUGGUAGGAAUGAGAGCAUCAAAGGUUUCCUUGAGAAGUCAUUUUUUUCUUUAUUGUCACAUCUCAAUUACACAGAAUGUUGGGUUCCACUGUGGCAUAUCUACACUUAAAAACAAUUUAUCAAUUUUAACACCCCCACCCUACAUCCCUUAAAAAUCAAUGUUUUGAGACCAUUAUUCUUCCUAGUGACAAUUAGUUACCAAACCCUCUAACUUCCUUUCCAUUGCACCUGCCAUUAGUCCUAAACCAGAUCUUAUCUCACUUCACCUCUGAGCUUUAUAGGAGAACCUCCAAAGUGGUCUCUUUGCUUUCAAAUGUCUGUAUCACUACCACCCACCCUGUAUCGUAUAGCCAGAUUAAAUUUCCCAAAAGAUUUCCAUCAGAGCAAGGUAGUACAAGCUGAUUAGGAAUACAAAUGAUCAGACGGACCAGAGUUUUCAUCACUGGCUUCCAACUUUUUAGUCUAUCCAUGAGAAAGUUGUUCAGCAUAAGCUUCAGUUUCUUACUCCAAUAGGAUUUUAUAUUUGAUAACCACACCAAACACACUAGUAAAUAAUUCAGCACACCACUUCAUAUAUCUUCAUUUGCUGCUAAUCUACCUAUGUUUCCGUUAGCUUUUGCCUAUCAUACACACUAGAAUAUGCUGUUAUUAUUUGUUUUAAGAAGCUAUACCUGAAGUCUGGGAUACAACUUUAACGAAAGGUAUACAAAUAGGAAAGGCCAUGAAGACUGUUGAGUUGACAGGAAUGAGAAAAAUCACCACUUCCACAAACAUCUUAAAUGUGUUCCUGUUGUCAGUAGGAAGAGCCAAUUUAAAACAUGUAUAAUUUUUAACAUCUCUAAUUGGAAAACAAGAUGGUCAAGUAUCAGGACAAACAAACAAGGUCAGUGAUGACACUAGGAAAGAAGCUGAAAAGCAAAAUUAUUGUAACCAUGACUGAGAUAAUAUCAGACGGGCAGAAAAAGUCUUAAGUCUCCAAGAAGGUAUACCCUAACAAAGCAGCAAUAAUUCAUCAGGUUUAAUACUGACCUAGAUAAAAUAAACAUGAACACUGACUCCAUGCUCAUUAACAGUUCUCUAAUAACCUAAUUUCUUACUCCAUCAAGAAUGGGGAGUCAUGAAUAACAAAUCUUCUGGAGAAGUAUGUCUUCUAAUGUAAACUAAUAUACUAUUGGAUAAACGAAAAAAAAAAAAAAGUUCUCAACCUAUAAAGUCAAGUAUCUGACUCUUAGAUUUGUGACCUAAUAAA